AUGGUAACAGCAGUGCAGUGUGUGAUAGCCAAGUUGUUGGCCCCACUAUGGAGAAAGGUAGAGGAGGAUGAAGUGGAUGGGUUAUUUGCCGCAGCGAUGGAGGAGGUCCGCAACCUGCGCUGCGGCGUGGUGACCCUACUGUGUCAGGACUACGGCAUGAUCGACGACGAUGUCUACUUCACCACAGGAGAGGUGCUGGGUGGCGUGCCGCUCAGGGUCGGGGAUGCAGUCAACGGCCUUGCAGUACGAGACAGUGCCCAAGGAGGGUGGAAAGCACUGAGGGUGGAGAAGAAUGCUGAUGCCUGGGAGGAAGGAGGGGGAGGAGCCUCCCUGGAGGCAGACAGGAACCAGCUCCGUCCUCUGAUUGGUACUGUGACGUCAUGUGACCGGGACGGUGGCUUCAUCAAUCAGACCACUUUUUUCCCACGACAAGCUCUUUGUGAUGGUUUUGAACCCAUGAAAGGGGACUGGGUCCAGGCCCAGUACUUCAUUAGUCCCACCCAGUGGAGCAGCCAGGCCCGGUCUGUGUCCCCCUUACGCUACCGCCGCAUGGACCAGGUGCGUGUGUCCAGUGUGUUUGGCAGCAGCGGCGUGGUGGAGGACAGUGUGUUCUUCAGCCUGGACAACCUGCUACUCCCGGCCGGGUACCGUCCCUCCCCUGGGGACAUGGUCAGCCUAGUGGUGGUGGAGAGCAGCCAGUCCUUCUACUGCUGGAGGGCUCUGUGCAUGGCUACCAGCGAACACAGUAUGAAUACUGUCAAUAACAGGUCCAUCCCAGAGGCGGAGAUCAAUAGUCUCCUGGAGGACAAGGGGGGCCUGGUGGUUGGCGACAAGACACACUUUGGGGUUCUGCUGCUGGGAGAGAGCCGGGAGCUGGUUGUCUGGAUACAGAACCAAGGCUCUGAGACCCAUAGACUGAAGUGCUGUGAGUUUGCUGGCUGGGACUCAGAGGAGCAGUUCAACCUAGGGACUGUGACAGACCCACCGGGACAGAGAAAGGGGCCUGCCAUACGGACAGAUGAGCGAGACGUGGAGAUUGCACCAGGGGAGAAGGUAUCUGUGAAAGUGGGCUGCCGAGCCAAGAACUUGGGGCGUUGUGCGGAGCUGCUGCUCCUGCACUUCCCCUCUUUCACCAUCGGGAGGCGUCUGGAGGUCACAGUAGGCAGUAAAGAGGAAAGUCUUCUCCAGCCCUUUGCUCCCUACUGCCCGGCAGCCCCACUGCCCCUUCCUCAGGCUGCCCAAGUGGUCACUGUGAUGGCUGCACAUCCACCUCAACGGCUGACUAAGCGCCACCUGCCUAACUUCCUGAGUAACUACCCGGUGCCCCAGGCUCUACGGGACUGUAUGGAGGCCGACCGUGACGUUUUGGUGGCCCAGCCAUGUCUAGGAGAGACUCUGUCGGCGGCCAACAUGCGUCUCCGUUUCUCGUCCCUGCUGUGGCUGGAGGAGCUACAAGCUGAGAGCGAGCUCAGGGAGUUCAACAUCAGUGGAGCCCUCCUCAGGAGAGGUGCCAUCUAUCUGCACCUAGAGGUGCUUGGCCUGGCUGAGGGCAGGCCCAGUCUCUUCAUAGGUGACAGAGUGGCACUGAAGAAGCCAAUCAGUGGAGGCGUGGUGAUGGAGUACAUCGGUUACGUCACAGAGAUCAGUGACGAGGACGUGAGUCUGAGGGUGAACACUGAGUUUCAGCAUGGCUACCUGGGAGAGCCUCUAGAUGUUGAGUUCACCUUCAACAGGUUGUCCAUGAGGCGAUGCCACUUAGCACUGGACCAGAACAAGCACUUUGAAGAGAAUGUGUUCUUCCCUAAAGCUGUGACGCUUCAGGCCACUUUAUGGACGGGAGAGUGGGGUCCAGAGGAGGUGAAAGAGGGCACCCUCACAACCGAUGGGGUGAAGCUGUCAAGCGUCUCCGUUGACAUGGUCUCAAAGGCCACACAAACCAAACCAGAUUCCAGGCUGCCAUCUAAACCCAUCCCUAAACCAGGCCAGUUAUUCAACCAGCAGCUGAACCCGUCUCAGAGGGAGGCAGUGAAGCGUAUCCUGGCAGGGGAGUGUCGGCCCACUCCGUACAUCCUUUUUGGACCCCCAGGGACAGGAAAGACUAUCACCCUCAUAGAGUCCAUACUACAGGUGUAUCACCGCCUGCCCAGUAGUCGUGUGCUGGUGUGCACUCCCUCCAACAGUGCUGCAGACCUCGUCUGUAUCCGUCUCCAUGAAAGUGGGUACCUGAACGCUGCCAGCCUGGCCCGCGUCAACGCCUCCUGUCGACAGGAAGAGGCCAUCCCGGAGGUUCUAAGGCAGUACUCUCAGGCUGGGGAGGACAUUCGACACGCCUCCUUUCACAGGAUUGUGGUCAGCACCUGUUCCAGCGCUGGCAUGUUCUACCAGAUUGGACUGCGUGUGGGUCAUUUCACCCAUGUGUUUCUGGAUGAGGCUGGCCAAGCCACGGAGCCAGAGGCACUGAUACCUCUGGGGCUUCUGUCAGAGAGAGACGGACAGAUAGUUCUGGCUGGAGACCCCCGGCAGCUGGGUCCAAUUGUGAAGUCCAAGCUUGCGCAAGCGUUCGGCCUGGGGGUGUCCCUGCUGGAGAGACUGAUGGCCAACCCUCUGUACUCCAGAGAGAAUGGCGGAUACAACCCAGUGCUGGUGACCAAGCUAGUGUACAACUACCGUUCCCACGAGGCCCUCCUGGCCCUGCCCUCUAGACUGUUCUACAAAGGGGAGCUGUGUGUCAGGGCCCAGAGGUUCGUAGUGGACUCACUCUGUCACUGGAGCCGUCUGCCAACCAAGGGAUUCCCCCUCAUCUUCCACGGAGUCAGGGGCACAGAGAUGAGAGAGGGCAACAACCCGUCGUGGUUCAACCCUGGAGAGGCGGUACAGGUAAUGCUGUACUGCUGCCAGCUGGCCAAGAAGCUCUACAAUCCUGUAGCUGCUAGUGACAUUGGCAUCAUCGCCCCCUACAGGAAACAGUCGGAGAAGAUCCGUGUGCUGCUCCACCGGGUGGGCCUGUCUGACAUCAAGGUGGGCUCUGUGGAGGAGUUCCAGGGACAGGAGUUUCUGGUUAUCAUCUUGUCCACGGUGAGGGCAAAUGAGUCGGUGCAGGGCAACGACCUGCAAAGCAUACUGGGAUUCCUGUCCAACCCUAAGCGCUUUAAUGUAGCCAUCACGCGGCCCAAAGCCCUGCUCAUCGUCGUGGGCAACCCGCACAUCCUCGUCAAGGACCCAUGCUUCACCGCUUUACUCCAGUACUGUUUUGAGAACGGGGCCUACCUGGGCUGUGACCCCCCAACCUGUCUCAGGGCAGCACACCAGUGUGUUUAG